AUGUCUUUAAAGAUUACCAAGAUACCAUGGGUCCAGAACUUCUACGUUGGUGAUGGAAUUGAGACCUUCUUUGGAAACAAGAGAGCAAGUGCAUUUGCUUCGGCACCAACUCCAACUGAGGUGCGUACCGUCAAGACCUUCAAGGCCAACAAGUCCGAGGUCAAGAACAUCACCGACUACACCAACGCCCUGACCGUCGGUGUUGAGGCCAGUGGUGGCAUCGCCGCAUGGGGAGCAUCGUUUGAGACCAAGAACUCAUUCUUUAAUGAGAGGAACAUCAAUACCAACACGGUGCACUUCAUGGUGCAGAACUAUUAUAUAAAGGAUGAGACUAUGUUCAAGAGAGAGCAAUUGGAUGCCUUGGUGUUCUCCCCAACCGCCUUGACAAUGAUCAAGAACAAGCAGUGGAUCCAAUUCAAGAAGAACUACGGUGACUCAUUCGUCGUCGGUUACGUCCAGGGUGGCUACUACUUUGCCGACGUUGCCAUCUCCUCGUACACCGCUGCCGAGACCACAGACAUCUCUGCCAAGGCCUCCACAUCCUGGACCGCCACAGCAUUCACAGCAGACGGCGGUGUCAACUUCCAGAACACCAUCUCGUCGCUGGCUGAGACCCACUCUGUUCAGUGCUACGUAUCGGGCACUGGCGUCGGCAUGAAGACCAUCAGCAUUGGAGACAUUGCCAAGAUGAUUGAGGACGCUGGCAAGCUGGAGGACAUGGGCAAUGCGCGCAUUUACGCCAUCCUUAUGAGCUACGACGACCUGCCACAGUGGAAGAACGCAGUGCCCGUCGGCACCACCGUGGACAUCCAGCCCAAAAUCACCGCAGCCUUUGCCAAGAAGCUGAAUGAGCGCUACCUCAAGAUCAAGUACUACAUCAACCAAGAGUCGGCACUCAACUCCACGCUCAAGCAGCUGAUCACCGAUUCCGAUGUGUUGGCUGCCGCCCAGACCAACCUCAACACCGCCAUCUCCACCUUGAGGAACUUUGACCAAAAGUUUGAGAACCUUACCACCUCUCAAUGCGAGAACAUGUCCGCUGCCAAUGCUGCUGGUACCAAGCUCUGGAAUGAUCUCAAGACAUCCGAGACCACCAUCACCUCCAUUGUCAACUUCUUGGUUAACAAUGGAGUCAAGCAGAUUGGUACCAACGCUGAGCGUGCCACCUUUAUCACAAAGAUUAACUUGUUGGAGACCUAUAACAAAACAUCCAAGUGGGCAUCACCAUCACCAGUGAUUACUCAGAUCAUCGCUGACUUGAGAGCCACUGCAAUGAACCCAUUGAUGACAUACUUCUGCUUGAUCCUGGAGCAGAAGAAUAGAUGUGUGAAUGAGAUUGGAGAGGGCGGCCCAGACUUAUGGGACACCCCAAGCGAGUGGAUCACAUACCUGAUCAACUCAUUCCGCUCGACAUUCGCACUGUGCUACUUCAGCGAGGCUGAGCGCCAGGCAAUGAAGGUGCACUUGGAUCAGCUGCAGGUGGAGAACGACGUCAACUCGGCCAGCUCACCCUGGAACAACCCCAGCACCUGGCUCGACAACUGGAUCGCCCGCUCCAAGGUCAGCAGCAGUCUGGCCUGCUACGGUGAGAACCUUGCCUGGUUCUUCAGCUGGCACAACCAGAACAAGAGACAGAUGUGGUUCGACCCAGAUCCCGUCAUUGCUGGCUACGUCAAGGCCAUCAAGUUCAUCUACAAUCUCUAA